AUGGGGACUAUGCCAUCGCCGGGUCUCCCCCUGUCCUCGUCUCUCCCGUUAGCUAAAGUGAAUGCUUGGUCAUCAGGUAUAAAAAACCCAAUUCUGUCUUCAGUCCCUAUUGUGUCUAUGUUUCAAAUCUCCAAUGAGAUUGUGUCUGUGAGAAUCACUGACAAGAUCUACAGUGAUUUCAAUCCUUUAUGGAAAAGCUUUGCGUUAGGGUAUUUUAUUAAUGAAGCACCGCAUGUUGGAACGAUUUACGCAACCAUCAAUCAAAUCUGGACGCAUCAAGAUAUUGAUGAAUCUGACGAGUUGGAAGAGACUGAUGAUCUAGAAGAAGGCGAAGUGGACACAUCUACGGAUACUGCAGAUGUAGCGGAGACAGUACAAGUAGUCUUUGGUGAAGGAGAUAAAGUUAAGGCUCAAUCUGCCCAUGAUAAGGCCCACACCAAGACUCCUAAGAAGCAUAUUGUCAGAAUGCAGGAUCUGAAGUUUAUGGGUACCCAAGGCACAACCAAAACGGCUUCUACCAGGAGGCUAUGUCGUCUUUCUUUGCUUGGAACAUGUGUGGGUUUAAUAAGCCACGCAAGCACGAGGCAGUAG